GGUGAGCUGUGAAUGGACAAAAGGACCAAAUUGUGUGCUAAAAGCCAAAGUGCAACUUCAUGGUUGACAAUGGAAGUUGGAACUUGUACCGGCCACUGAUUCCGACGAUUCAAAAUCCACCACUAAAUGAUUCUCAUUCAUAUUCAUUAUCGUCCACGUAACCAAAAAUCCAAGCAGUGGUAGUAGUUCACGCUCUUUUACGUACACCUUUUUGCUACGACGAAGCACCGCCACCGGCCUCACCGGAGAAAACUACACCGACGGCGCAUAAUACGUAUAAGUUAUGGCACACGCUUUAAACGUCAGGCCGCUGGGGUUUUAUUCGGUGCACCGCAAAAGGCGCGGCGGCGGUGGUGGUUCCCGAUUGUCGGUUAUUUGCCGCCGUGUUGACGGCUGUUCUGGCGACGGACGCCAGACGAGCAGGAGAGAUGUGUUGAUCACUCCGUUCCUCGCAGUCGGAGCGUAUGUGUUUCGGUCUGCGGUGGCCAGGGCGGAGGAUGAGAAGCCGAUUUCGGAGGGGAGGCCAGUGGUUGGGCAGCAGGAGGUGGUGAGUUCUAGUUCUAGUUCCAAUUCCAGUUCGACGGCUGAGACAGAUGCGACUCCGGCGGUUGAGGAGGAGCUGGUGAAAUCGAGGAUUUACGACGCGACGGUUAUUGGGGAGCCAAUGGCGUUGGGGAAGGAUAAGAGGAAGGUGUGGGAGAAGAUGAUGAGUGCGCGGAUUGUGUAUCUUGGGGAGGCGGAGCAGGUUCCGAUUGGGGGCGACAAAGAUUUGGAGCUUGAGAUUGUCAAGAGUUUGAGGAAGAAAUGCGUGGAAGCUGAGAGGCCGAUUUCUUUGGCCCUGGAAGCUUUCUCUUGCGAUUUACAGGAACAGCUUGAUCUGUUUGUGGACAAAAGGAUAAAUGGGGAGAUGUUAAAGUCUUUUGUAACUAAUUGGCCACCUGAGCGUUGGCAAGAGUAUGAGCCUUUGCUAAAUUACUGCUGUGACAAUGGGAUUCGGCUAGUCGCCUGUGGCGUUCCACUCGAGGUUUUACGAACAGUUCAAGCUGAAGGUGUCCGCAGGCUUUCUAAAGCCGAUCGGAAGAAAUUUGUUCCUCCAGCUGGUUCAGGUUUCAUCUCAGGAUUUUCCUCUAUCUCGAAGCGAUCAUCUGUUGAUACAAAUUUCUGGAGUCAGUCUGCUUCUUUUGGGUCGAGCUCAUACCUGUCCAUUCAAGCACGAGUUGUUGAGGAUUACACAAUGUCCCAGAUCAUCUCACAGGCUGUGACAAAUGUUGGAUCUACUGGCAUGAUAGUUGUAGUUACAGGUGCUAGCCAUGUUGCAUAUGGGUCAAGAGGAACUGGAUUACCUGCAAGAAUCUCGAGUAAAAUGCAAAAGAAGGAUCAGGUGAUAAUAUUACUUAACCCAGAACGACAGAACAUACGCAGGGAAGGAGAUACCCCUGUUGCAGACUUCUUGUGGUAUUCUGCAGCUAGACCCUGCAACAGAAAUUGCUUUGAUCGUGCUGAAAUAGCUCGAGUGAUGAAUGCAGCAGGUGGAAGGAGAGACACAUUACCUCAGGACAUUCAAAACGGUCUGGAUCUUGGCCUCGUAUCACCUGAAGUACUACAGAAUUUCUUCGAUCUUGAGAAAAAUCCUAUUCUUUCAGGAUUGACUCAUCAAUUCCAGGGUUUCAGAGAGAGAUUAUUGGCAGAUCCAAAAUUCCUGCAUAGGUUAGCUAUAGAAGAAACUAUAUCCAUUAGCACCACACUGCUAGCCCAGUACGAGAGGCGUAAAGAGAACUUCUUUCAAGAGCUUGACUAUGUUGUCACAGACACAUUAAGGGGAACAGUUGUUGAUUUUUUUACUGUGUGGCUUCCAGCACCCACAUUGUCAUUCAUCCCCGUUGUUGGCGACAUGAGUACGCCUGAUGGCAUAGAAGCAGUAAAAGGUCUUUUGGGUUCCAUCCCAGACAAUGCAUUUCAGAAAAGCCUUGUAGGGAGGGACUGGAAUUUGAAUCACAGAAUUGCAUCAGUGCUUGUUGGCGGUCUUAAACUGGCCAGUGUUGGAUUCAUUUCUAGCAUCGGCACUGUGGCUUCCUCCAAUAUGUUGCUUACGGCGCGGAAGCAUCUUAAUCCUAGACUGGCCACAGUACAACAGAAUAAACGAUCACCUAUACUGAGAACAGCACUUGUAUAUGCUGCAUUUCUUGGGACAUCAGCAAAUCUACGGUACCAGGUUAUUGCUGGAAUAGUGGAACACCGAAUUUCGGACCAGUUCUCUGACCAGAUAUUUCUUGUGAAUUUAAUCUCUUUUGUGGCUCGAACUGCAAACUCUUACUGGGGAACACAGCAAUGGAUCGAUCUUGCACGCUAUACAGGACUACAGGCGCGUAGAAGUGAAGACAUAUCCUUCGAGAUUCCAGAUUCUACAAACUCUGCUGCAUUGGAAUGCCAAAUCAUAGAAGAAACCAGCAUUGAUGAACACAACAAGCAAUAGAUCAUACUCUUGCUGUCCCUUUGUACAUGCACGGUCAUUACAAAAUAAGAAAUUUGGGUCUUCGCCAUUCUUGCAAAUUUUGAAUAAUAUUUUGCAGUAUCAGAGGUUGAAUUGGGUGGAAAAUGAGGAUAAACAACAUGCAGGAAAUUUUCUGUCGAUAUGAUUACAAUGUCCACUUCAGGACAUUUACAGAGGUUGUAUUCUCUUGAGGUAUUUGUAGUGUAAUUUCCUUGGAAGUUAGAUGUGUUCUUGCAUGUGUAUCGGCGUGUAGUUUAUUGAAAGAACAAAACGUUCAGAAAAUAUGGUACAGCUCAUUUUUCUUGAUUAUGAAAAGAGCUAUUGGUUUACUGUAUGUUGAAUUGUAUCAUAACUGCAAAGGAAUUUACACAUUUUUGUCCCUUGUUUGCUAUUUCUGAUAUCCUGUUCUAGCUUUUUGACAGAGAUGAAUGUAGGCAUUGAUCUGCCGAGCUCUCCCUCCCACGGGUCAUAGUGCAUCUACACAAAACCUCAGAUGGACGAUUGGACAAUGGUUCACGGCUCAUCACUGCAUUUCUCAUCUUUUUCUUAUUAAGCUUUUCCCUGUGCAGUCUUUGUUGUUGCACAACCAAUACUGACGCCGUUGUUCCAUAGUCUGUUGAUGCCAGCAUGUCGCCAAUGACGCCAAGUUCAGGACAUUCGCUCCAAGUCCCUAGCCCCAUAAGGAUCUGUGAUGCUUGGUGGCGUUUCCCUACUAUCAGUAAGUCGAAGCAGUUCUCUAGGAUCUUCAGGGAUGAUGCUAGGUCCACACCAUCCUUGACGACUUGUUCUUGGUACAUGAAGUUCUGGUUAACCAUGUUGGCCUGACGAACUUCGUCUAUCAGAUGGUUGUCCUGCUUUCUUUCUCUAGCACUAUCAUUCCCAAAGAGUAAGAACCUGAUGAUUGUUAGAGUGACAUUCUCGUGUCUCGCCAUUCGAGCUCCAUAGCUUAGUGACUCUGCAUCAUCUGGACCUCCAAUGUAAAUGACAGCAACUCUGUAGAUGGCCUGGUUGUAUAUAAUGGACAUUGAGCCAGUUAGGAUUCCUCGAUCUACAAGGAUUCCAACCGAGCAUGGUGCGCAGCUCAUGACUUGGGUGUUCAUAUUCUGCAUAGCCCUGUUCUCCGACCAUACGGAACCAUCUAUUUCCCAGUGCUUGUGGAAUGGCAGAAUGACUACUGUUGCAUUCUGAUCCAACGCUAACCGGCAGACGUCGUGGUGUGUUGUUUGCAGGUGGGAUAUGGCACUGAAAGAUUGGAGAGUGACGCAGUCUUCGUGGUAGAGGUGAUAUUGGUGCAGAGCAUUGAUUAUCCGGCCUGAUCUCGAGUUGGUUGGCUGCAGCAUUCGCGUCGUUUGAUGAGCUACGAGCAUGGGCGUUGCUCGACCGAGUAGCUCGAUCAAAAGGACAGCUAUGACAGCAAUGGGGCUUUCUGGUGUCGGGCAAGAAGCUUCGAGUAGAUUCACCAUUGAAGGGAAACGAAACUCUUGGUUGGAUCAUAGAGCAAUUUGAUCAAAGGAGCUAUGACUGCUGUCACAACUAUGACUGAAGCAAUGCUCAGAGCAAAUUCUUGUUCUGUAAAAACCUGUCUUCAAUAUGUUGUACAGAACAAGUUCGCAGGUUCCUCUCGCAUUCAGCAUAAGCCCGAGGACAACUGCGUCGCGUGCCUUCAUCCCGAAGAAGUGAGACAUGGCUACAACAGAAGCUACUUUGGACACACAGGAAAUGAAAAUCAGCAUGGCUGCAAUCCACAACGAUCGCGGAUCGACUUUGAAGAAGUCCGUCUUCAGCCCACUGGUGGUGAGGAAUGUCGGGUAGAGAAACUUCCCGAUGGGAUAAUCGAGCUUGGAGAUUAUAGGCUCGCCUAACGGCUGUCCAUCUGGCACGACCAAUCCAAACACCAACGGCCCGAGCAUGAAAUGCUGUCCGAUGAAUUCUGAUACGAAUCCCGCCAGAAGAGUCCCAACGAAACAGAGAUGGAUGUAUCGCUCAGGCAAGGUCCUACCGGAAGGUAUUCUUUUCACAAUCCUGCGGAUGACGGGUCCUACGACGAACACCAUCCCGAAGAUGAACAUAAAUGUGGAUCCAACCAUCAUCAGUGAUUGCAGAGGUCUGUCGAAGGACUGCAGCAGUCCUAACACUAUAGCUACAAGGCUUAUGCCGAGAACGUCGCAGAGCAACGAUGUUGAGAUCGCCAUCUGGCCUAAUUCACUGCUGUCCAUCUUGAUCUCGGUGAGCAGACACGCGAUGUUCGGGAAUGCGGUGAGGCACUGGCACGCGGCGAAAAAGGGGAGUGCUUGUGCUAACGAAUCCUCCAUGUGUACGUAUCUUUUUAGCAGGAAAGCGAAGGACACGGUCAGCGCCAGUGUCCCGAUCAUGGCGGAGAUGCCGAUGAUCGAGGCCUUCCUCCCGGGGCGAAUCAUCUGGCCGCUGUCCUGCUUCACGCCCACCGCAAAGAAGAAGAACAUGAUCCCGAAGGUUGCGACGGUCUCGAGCGUCACGACGCUCCUCGCCGGGAACAGAUUCUUGGAGAAGAUCUCCUGAUUACCCAACAGAGAAGACUCGACUGAAAACUCACCAAUAUCUGGGAGACGAUGGAGGAUUGGCCGAGGGGGCGGAGGCAAAACUCGAGGGCCUGAGAUGUGAUGGAGAUCAAGGAGAGCUGCAUGAGGAUGAGAGGGACGGCGUAGUCCAAGGGGCUGCGGCGGAAGAAGUUGCCGAAGGAGGCGUACCUGCCGAUGUAUUGGCAUGCAAUGUACUUGUUUCCGGCCGACACUGAAUCCGCCAAUGGUUCUUCCAUGGUGCUAAAGCUAAAAUAAAAUGGGAGGUUCUCCACGAGUUUAGUUUUGCUGUGCAGUGCAGAGCGGAAGAGGCUUUAUAAUUAUUAUUAUUAUUAUUAUUAUUAUUAUUGGUUGUCUCCAUUGCCAGGUACGUACAUAUCUAUCUAUGUCCAUUCUUUGCUAAAUUAGGGCGACGGUUAUUGACUUGUGCUAAUUAAAGCUAUCAAAGAUAUCAGAGCGAAAAUAUAGUAGCAGUGACUAGUGAAAUUAGUUUUAAUCGUCUAGGCGGAUUUGAGGAUAUAUGAUAAUUUAGGAAUUUAAGAUAUGGAUCGCCUCCAUGUUAGUUUUACUUGCUGAAUUGAUGUUGUCUAUUUUGCACCACAUUUCCAAUUUCCGAUAAUGUUGAGUUAUUUAUAUUAUAUUUUUUAAUGAAAAAUCAAUAAUUUCGUAUGAA